CAUUCUGCUCCAAAGGUUAAAGUCUUGAAAACAAUUUCUGCUGAUGUUUCUAUUUAUGUGAUACGGGAUGAAUACACUAUAAGUGAAUGACUCAACUCUUUUUUAGUAUAAAAAGAAACUGAACGUUCUUACUUAUUUGCUUAAAAGAUAGACUUCUCAUGUAUGACUGGUAGAAAAAAAGUGUCAUUACUGUUUAUGUUAUUGUUUGGACCAAAUUCAUGGAGUGCCAAAUAUGUAAUAUUUGAGUGUAUAAAAAGAAAUAGUGUUCCUUUAAAUCCACUUAUUAUGCUUUUAAUGACACUGCUGAAGAAAAGCAUUCUUAAGCAAGGUUGUUAAAUGGCCAGAAAAAAAGAACAAACUGAGAGUCAUAGACAAUGUUUUAGAUCACGAUCAAUGGAGGAAGAUGAUAAAGAAAAUUUGUGUGCAGAUGGAGCAAUGCGUUUUACAAUUGCCUCAUAUCCAAAGGAGGCAUUUGAAGUCAUGUCCCUCAUGAGACAGCAUCAGAAACUUUGUGAUGUUGAGAUUAGAGUAUCCAAUGAGAUUUUUCAUGCUCAUAAGAUUGUUCUUGCAUCAGCUAGUCCUUAUUUUAAAGCCAUGUUUACUAGUGGCUUGAAAGAAUCAGAAAUGUCUGUUAUCAACAUUCAAGGUGUGUGUCCAUUGAGUAUGGCAAUCAUUAUCCAUUUUGCUUAUACUGGACAAGUCAAAAUUGAAGAAAACAAUGUUUGUAAUCUUCUUCCUGCAGCAACAAUGUUUCAAGUGCCUCACAUUAUUGAUGCGUGCUGCUCUUUUCUAGAAAAUCAACUUGAUCCAAGUAAUUGCAUUGGUAUUGCUGAUUUUGCUUUGCAACAUAGUUGUAACAACUUAUAUGCAGUAGCAAAUCAGUUUAUUGACCAACAUUUUUCACAGGUGUCUCAAGGUGAGGAAUUUCUAGCAUUAUCAGCUCUUCAGAUGAUUAAACUGAUCAAACGUGAUGAACUGAAUGUGAGGAGUGAAAUGGAAGUUUUCAAUGCUGUUCUGCGAUGGGUGAAGCAUGAUAAACCCAGACGUUGUCCUAGAUUGUCCGAUAUUUUGAAUGCUGUGCGCUGUCACUUUUUGACACCACGGUUUCUGAAAGAACAAAUGCAAAAAUGUGAAGUGCUUAAAAAUGAACCUCAGUGCUGUGAUUACUUGAGUCGUAUUAUUCAGGAUUUAACAUCAAGGCGCAAGUAUAGUUGCAACCAACGUACUCCAAAAGUUCCAUAUGUUAUAUAUACGACUGGAGGUUAUUUACAGCAUUCUUUAAGCAACAUGGAGUGUUACAAUGCUCAAGAGAAACAGUGGUUUUCUUUAGCGGAUCUUCCAACUCCCCGCAGUGGCUUAGGAGGUGCCUUCAUCGAUGGCAAAUUCUAUGCUGUAGGGGGACGAAAUAAUUGCCUAGAUGGCAAUCAGGACUCUGAUGGUGUGGACUGUUAUGAUCCAAUUACCAACAAAUGGAAAUCUUGCUGCAAAAUGACAAUUGCAAGGAACAGAGUUGGUGUUGGAGUUUUAGAUGGACUUCUGUAUGCUGUUGGAGGAUCAAAAGCAACAACACAUCAUAAUACUGUUGAAAGAUAUGAUCCAGCAGAGGAUAAAUGGUCUAGAGUGCAAAACAUGCUCACAAGUAGGAUAGGUGUCGGUGUUGCUGUUGUAAAACGUCUUUUAUAUGCUGUGGGUGGUUAUGAUGGAAACAGCAGGCUCAAUACUGUAGAGUGCUAUCAUCCAGAAAAAGAUUCCUGGACACAGGUUGCAAGCAUGAAUACUAAUAGAAGUGGUGCAGGUGUUGUUGCUUUGGAGCAUUAUAUUUAUGCUGUUGGAGGUUAUGAUGGAGCUUUACAAUUGAAGUCAGUUGAAAGGUAUGACACAGAAACGGAUGAAUGGGUUUAUGUAUCUGAGAUGUCAUCCCCUCGUAGUGCUCUCAGUGUUGCAGUGUUAGAUGGAAAAAUUUAUGCACUAGGAGGUUAUGAUGGUACAAAUUUCUUGAAUACUGUUGAAGUAUAUGAUCCUGAGAAAGAUGCGUGGGAAGCAGCUCCAAAUAUGACCUGUGGACGUAGUGGUCAAGCAUCAGCAGUUUGGAGGGCCCCAUGUUUAGCACAUGGAAUUUCUUAAAAAGCUUGAUGUCUAUAAUUAUUGUUAUAAUUUUUUAUUGCAUUAAAUACCCAAAUAAAACUCUGGGUAUUUUUUUAUCAGGUGACAGAGCUGAUUUGCCUAAAAUUAUUAGGUUAAAAGUGUAAAUGAAUGUUAUUUGUUAUUAUUAAGUUUAUGGAUCCUUGCCAAAUCAAUUCCAAAUUUGCAUUUAAUGUUUUCAUGUUAUUAUUUUAGUCAUUUUUUUAAAUCUUUUGUCUUGCUUUCUACUUAUUUAUUGUUGUAGAUUAUAUGUGACAUUGUAAACAAAACGUGUGCGCAAAGAUUCACUGAGUAUCAGGUUGAUCAUAUUUUGAGUGUAAAUGAUGUAAUUUUAGUGCAAACAUUUGGAAUUCGUAAUUUGGUUAAUUACUUUCACUUUAAAUGAAGUGUAUUAAGUUUCUAAUCUUUAAUUAGUUAGUUUUAUAUUUUUUUAUCGAUAAAUGCUCUUUUAAAAAGUACUUCAACCGGUGAUAGCUUUUGUACAUGGGACAUUUUUGUUUUAUUUAUAGCAGAAUUUUAUUUCAUUAUUUGAUAACUAUACAAAAUGUUUAAUAAUCAAAUUUCCAUUUUUAUAGUUUUAAAAUUAUGAUUUGAAUAGAUUAUUUCAUUUAUUUUUGUUAUGAUUGACUACUUAAGUUUUGAAAUAUGUUUUUAAAAGUAAAUAUUUUAAUCUCUUUAUCCCUGGAUGUAUCGUAUGUACUUUUUUUUAUGGAUGAUAAAAAAAAAGUAAUAAAAUACAUCCAGGUAAAUAAUCUUUAAUGAAAUAUUAAAUGCUAUUAAAUUAAAAAUGGUUAUAUUAAUUAUUCUUUUCUUAUUAAAGAUUAUUGUUAUAGACUUUGCAUGAUUUUUUAUCAUUGUUGUUUUUAUGUAAAUUGCAUGUUUAAUAAUAGGCAGCUGUUGUCAAAGAUUGAUUUGGAUUUACCUUCUGAAAAUUACUAAAAAUCAUUCAAGGAAGGCAUCAAAGUUAUUUGGGAGAUUAUUAAUUUAUAUAAAAUACUGGAUUAGCAGAAUCAUUAGGAAUUAGCAAAAUUAUAUUUUAAAAGUUAUCUUAACUGUUUCUUAGAAUUUAAGAUAGAUAUCAUAAUUACAGAUUCAUGAAUA